GCUUCCGGAAGACGUGGCCACCGUGACGUCACUACGAACCUGAAGCCGGUGUGUCACGAAUGUUUCACAAGUUUCCACAAAUUUCCUGCUGACUUCAGCUCUGUUAGCCCGUUCACUGAUGUCGCGAACAGUACACGUGUGCAGGAUCACAUACAGACGCAGCUGAAGGAACAGAAACAGCAGCUACCCAAACAACAACAGAAAACCAUAGAGUUGGAUCAACACUACACAGUGUGUCAGACUGAACUAAGCCUGAGGUACAAUCUUCAAACAGCUCACAACAAGUUGUACCUCAUUCAUGGACUACAGGACAGAGGAGUCGGUCUGUAUGCAGUUUACUGUCCAUUCCUCGUCUUUGGUUCUGGUGCUUCUCAAUGACGACUAGGCGCCGCAGGUUUGAUUCCGGAGGUUCGAGUAACGGGAACGGCAGUGAACGGACUGUUUCUUCUUCGCCGACAUAUGUGGUACCGUCUGUCGAGAUGUCGUGUCGAGACAGGACCUCUGAGUUCGUCUCUGCUGUCAAGUCCAUGCAGAUGAGACAGGGAGCUGCACUGAACAGACCUGUAUCCAGAGAUUUGAGGCAAAGGAGUGAAUUUUCACACAGGGCAAAGAGAAUCGGAAGAGAUAUCGCCAACACAUUUGCCAAGUUAGAAAAACUUACAAUACUGGCCAAAAGGAAAUCCUUGUUUGAUGACAAACCUGUGGAAAUCCAAGAGUUAACAUACAUCAUCAAACAGGACAUAGCUAGUCUCAACAAACAGAUUGCAGAGUUGCAAGAGUUUGCACGGUCAAGGGUCAGACAAAAUGGCCGCCAUGUCCAGUCACAUUCCAACAGUGUGGUGGUAGCACUACAGUCGAAGCUGGCCACGAUGUCCAAUGACUUCAAGUCAGUGUUGGAGGUUAGAACAGAGAACCUGAAGCACCAGAGGUCCAGAAGAGAACAGUUCUCUCAGGGUCCAGUCUCCUCCAGCAUGCCUCCAUCUACGUACAACGCACCCAACGGAGAAGCUGGAGGGUCCAUCCUGUUACUAGAUGAGACCAAGUCUCUCCAGUCAGGCGAGGUGGCCAUUGACAUGGACGCACUGGAGAGACAGAGACACCAGAGACAGCUGCAACUCGUGGAGGAGGACGAUGCGUACAUCCAGGAGCGAGCGCGGACGAUGGAGAAUAUUGAGUCCACGAUAGUCGAGCUGGGCUCCAUAUUUCAGCAGCUGGCCACCAUGGUCAAGGAACAGGAGGAACAAGUACAGAGGAUUGAUGACAACGUGGAGGACACAGUUCUGAAUGUGGAGGCGGCACACGGGGAGAUCCUGAAGUACUUCCAGUCCAUCUCCUCCAACCGCUGGCUCAUGAUCAAGGUCUUCGGCGUGCUCAUUGUAUUCUUCAUCAUCUUUGUCGUCUUCUUGGCAUGAGAGCGGAUGUGUUGCCAUGGCAAUGAUACACCUCUUAGUUGUACAUUGAUUUGUGAUUAAUCCUAUAGUACAACUCAUUUUGUUGGAUCUCAGAUUUUUUAAGUAAUAUGCUUACAAAUGUCAAACACAAAGUUUGAGGACCAGGUUAUGUCUUGAUACACUCAGUUUUAUGGAGUUUAUACAGUCACGUUCAAGUUUUCCACCCUGCCUUCUGCUUUUAUGAUGUCCACUUUAAAAUGUCUGAGUACGAGGAAAAUAAAUUGGUGUGACCUAAGAGUAGCCAUGUUACUUGUCGUGUCAGAGAAGGAAUGGAUCUGCCUUGUAGUGUUUAGGUUUUACCACACUGAUGACGUAAAAAGCAUAUCUGAAUACAAUUCUCUCACUCAGGCAAACAGCCUAUUAAAUGAAAUGGUGCUCCCAUUGUUUAACAGUCUUUUUUAAACAGAUUAGGAGCUAGGGGCCGAAAUAUUAAACCUGGAAAUUUUCAAUACAUGGCUGCCCUCCACAGUUGACAUACCAAAUGAACUUGUUUGAACAAAACUGUGUAAGAGACAUUACUAUUCUUACUUUUGUACGCAGGACAGGAGGAAUUUUCAAAUUUGAAAUGUAUGAUGCAAAAUACAUGAAACCAAGCAAACAUCUGUUUGCCCAAAACAUGUUGGCAGUGUUUGCUGAAAAUCCCACAGAAAAACAAGCAUCAUCAUUUUCAUCAUCAAUUUAACAUACUGUUUGUCUUAUGCAGUGUAUUUCACUAAGAUUUCAUCACCAUUUCAAAAUAUGUUGACUCGGCCACUCUUGUCCAUUCUACAUAUGUUGUGAAGUUAUCUGAUCUUACUUUAAAUAUGAUGUUCUCUAGCUCCUUACAGGCUGUAUAUGAGAAUGGCAUAUGCAAUCAAGAGUGUGGAGAAUCCUUUCUCUCUACUGUAAAACCAAAAUCAAUUUCUUGUAGCUGUCUGUGGCCAGAUCAAGUCAUGGGAAUAAUGACCUCUAAAAGGUGGUGUGUAAAAGAUAUUGGAGAACAGGGCAUCAUUUUUGGUGACUCUUAUUGACAAAUUGGUUUUGGUGUAGAGAGAAGUUCCCUGUACAACUUUAGGAUCAGGAUACUCAGUAAAAAGAUAUAUUAUGUGUACUAUUCAUAUUUAUUGUUUAAUUCCCAUGAUGUUGUGAUAUUGUACUUCCAUGACAUGUUCUGAGUCCACAUAAGAGCAAACCUGGAAGAUUCACUGUUUUGUGUUUCUGUGGUUUAAAAAGGCACCAGCAAAUGGUAGGGAGGAGUGGAAAACCAGAGAUUUUAGACUUCUUGAAAAUAAGAUGGUUUCAAAAUUAUAAGCUAGACUGAGUGUAUGUGGUGCAUGUAGUACAGAGAAAAAUUGGCUGCCAAUGGUGCAGUCAGCGACUUUUAUGUCACAAUGUAUUUACUACAUAAUACAGGAAUAAGAUGAAAAACAUAUCUUGGUCAGAAGGUGUGUAUGAUUGCUAUAAACUUGUACUGAGAUCAGAAAUAUUUUGAAUAUUUCCUAGAGACCAUUCAAACACCUUGCUCUUCAUCCCUAAAACAUGUCGUUUUAUUCCUGGAUUAUUGUGAAGAUGUCAUGCUGCUUGUUUGGUUGAACUUGUAACAGGAGUUAAGGUCUACACUCUGUUCUUGUAUAGUUCCUUUCCCAGGAGGUGCCACAGUCAGCCAGUCUACUGCCGUUAUUAAGUUUCAACUCUUGUCUCAAACAUGUAAUUAUUGGCUGUACAUCCGCCUGUAUAUAAUAAAGAUUGGCAAUUACCACCAA